UGUAUCUGUCAGCAACUGAUCAUGAAGGCUGUAGCUCUCGUUCUUGCUUUGGCAGUCAUCACUGGUAUCAAUGCCCGUGUGGUACCCCAGGCCGAUGCCACUGCAGACCGCUGGGUGGAGACCGUGGACCGCUUCUGGCAGUACGUCUCCGAGCUGAACCAGAAGGCCGAUGGAGUCGUGCAAACCAUCAAGACCUCGCAGCUCAACCGGGAGCUUGACACCCUGAUCACAGACACCAUGGCAGAACUGAAUACGUACAAAGAAGACAUCCAAACCAAGCUGACUCCAUUCGCAACAGACUCCACAGGCCAGCUGACCGCUGACCUGCAGCUGCUGGGCAACCGACUCCAAAAGGACAUGCUGGAUGCCAAGGAACGCAGCACCGUCUACCUGGGUGAGCUCAAGGCCAUGAUGGAUCAGAACUCUGGCGAUGUGCGUGGCCGCAUCAACGCCUACACCAACAAGCUGAGGAAGCGCCUCAGCAAGGACACCGAUGACAUUCGCAACACCGUGGCCACCUACCUAAGUGAACUCCAGUCCCGUACCUCCCAGAACAUGGACACCGUGAGGCAGCAAGUGCAGCCCUACAUCCAGCAGGCUGGCGAUAGCGCUUCCAAGAAGAUAAUCGACCUCUCUACCGUGCUGAAGACCCAGGCUGAAGGUCUCGGCCAGCAGCUGGAGACCCAGGCCGAGGGCCUCAAGACCCAGCUGGAAGCCACUGCCGAGGAGCUCCGUACCUCCUUGGAGGGCAAGAUCGACGAGCUGACCGAGCUCUUUGCCCCGCUCGCCACCCAGAUCCGUGAGAAGUUCGACACCAUUGUCGAAACGGUCAAGGAGGCUGCCACGGCCUAA